UUUAAAGUUGAAGGGUAAAAUCUAUACAAUUACAAGUUUCACAUGAGGUUUGUCUAAACGGAAUAUAAUGAAGGAUGUAAAUUGAUACACUUACAAAAUUUUGGAGUCUAAAGUGAUAUUUUUCCAAAUAAUGUAGGCCUAUAAAAUAAAUCAAUAUUUUAUCACAUUAUGAAUAGAAUACAGAGGAGUAAGUACUAAAAAAUUUCUCUAAGCUCAAGUAAGAGGGAGAAAGAAAUAGAGAGAAAGAGGAGCAUUACCAUGGUGAUGGAUUUAUGUGAUUCUACUGAAAAUGGGAAUCAAGAUGGCCAACAAAAGAGAAACUUGUAGGGCCCCUCCAUUGUGCCUCAAAAGCAACGAUGAUGCUGAAGAGUAUCGAGUGGUUGUCUCUCUCUUGCUCCCCUUUUUCUUCUCUCCCUCUUCUACUUCUUCUCAUUCUCCUUUUUAUUGUGUGUUGGCUCCACUCAUCUCUUUUUCUGACCUAAUCCACUUCCUAUUGCUUAAAUCUUUAGCCAAAACUCCUCUUAUAGUACACAUAUAAAAAACCUAAUCUUUCCUUAAACCCUUCAAUUGCAAACCAAGAAUAAGAGGAGUUGUAAGCAUAUUCUUCAAAGUUUUUUUUCAUGGGGUCCAAAGUUUUCUAAAGGGUAGGUAAAAGUUCCUGAUGCUUCACUCAUAUGGUAUCCCAUAUAUAAAUGAUAUGUCUAUUUGAGCGUAAACUAAACGCUCACUUUGAGCCUUACUGUCGACUGAAUCAAUCUUCUUCAAUCUUUCCACAGAAGAGAGUUUCUUAAUUAAGCCUCAUUCUUUCGUUUUCAUUAUUCUCUCUUUCCUUCAAUUUGAAUCAAUAAAUGCUCCUUAUUCUCAUAACCUAACUCACUGUCUCUUCUCCUCAAGAAAGCUACUUAAUUCUACCACAUUCCUACCCAUAUCUUUACACACUACACUUCACAAAAUCUCUUUAUCUCUCUCUCUCUCUAAAGCCCAUAUUUGUUUAGCCUUUGGAUUUACAUCUCAGUUGGAAGGUUCAAAUGUCAAGGAAAGCGAGCAAACGGGUCAGCUUCAGUCCAGAUGUGAAUGACAAACCAACAGUCGUGUUGAAACACGGCGGCGGUGACGGCGGAGCAGGAAUAUGGAGCUUCGGCCUGAGCAGAGACACAAGGUACUUGCCAGUCAGGUUUCUACAGAGCCUCAAGGCCAGAGUAAGUGAAGCAAUUCGCUUUGUAUCAACAAGAAAAUCUUCACGAAAAGUUUCUUCAGCCUCCACUUUUACAAGGUCAAGAUCGGUCUCGGAUUCCAUGGACUCGCAUCGAGCUGAAGCCAUUGAAGAUUGCAUCGAGUUCUUAAACCACUCUUCGUCUUUGUCCAGAUCAAAUUCAGUCUCUGGAAGUACUUACUGAAAGUUAUGUACUUGUGGGAAUGGAAUGUGCAUGUAAAAUUUGGUCGAUAUUUUAGACAUUCUUUUGCGUGCCCGUCUCUGUAAGAUGAUGCUUUAGCAGAUGAUAAUAGAGUUUCUGCC